CCGGAGCGUCGGGACGCUUCUCCUCGCAGUUACGUCUCGACCGAUCGAUCCGGCAUUCGAUCGAUGGAUCGAUCGUGCCGUGUAUAUCCCUCGCGAAGAGUCAUGCACUCCACCGGAAAUUUCCGUCGACCGGGAUAGCGAAAAUCACACGCGACAAUCUAAUCGUGCGUUCGAGUUGCGUUCGAGGAGAUUCAACGGGUGAUUUUUACUUUUAUCGUUUUCAACUUUGUCAAUAAUAUUUCUCACAUCUUCAUGAAAAUAUGAAUUCCUUACACCGCAGUCUCGGACAAAUCUCGAUACCUGUAUCGAUCUUAUUUGCAUACGCGAGUGAGAUGGAUGCUAUGUUUGAAUAGACGCUUUUGAUGGAUAGCGACCGAGCCUCGUUAAGUUCAGAUAAUCAACGAGUAUUUCAUGUUUUUCAUCGAGCAUGCGAAUGGCGUCAUUAAUCUAAUCAGUUCGAGACAUUUUUAGAAACAGAAAUUUCAAUGCGGAACCGUGAAACGUAUAUCGCGCGGACUGGAGAAACGUAAAAAGACGUAAGGUGCAAAGUAUUGUGAGAAACUGUGCUGCGAUGUCGUCGACUGGUGAAUUUUCAACAUUAUCAAGCGGCGAAGCCACCGGAACCGGCGAGGACUCGUUGCCGAGCUCGCGAGAGGCGACCGCCGAGGCCGCGGGUUCCGGCGGCGGUUUCAUGCCGCUGCGCGAGUUCCUGGACAGAUUCUCACUGCCGAGGGUGGUCAGGGUCGAAGGUGCCGGUGGAAGGCCGAUACUGUUGUACAAGCAACAGCAAAGAUCUCUCAGAGUCACGGCUACGCUGUUGAUGCAUCGUUACCGUCACGAUGUCAAAGUCGGACCGGAAAUAGUCAUCCCGGAAGGCUACCCUGGUUGGUUCUCUGUGGUCUCCAACAACAGCGGCACCGGAAAUGCCAGAGUGUACAGAAGAGUCGGCGCCUUAGUGCGCGCCGGAGUACCGGCGUUUUUGCUCGCAAAACCAUUGAGAGCUUACACGUUGACGCACUCCAAAAUGGAAAAUGGAAACUUGCGCGCUCAUUAUACGAAAACGACGGUGCGCGCCGGUGAGGUCCUGCGACUGACCGCCGUGUUCCAGGACACUCGUCGGGCCCCGGUCGCCACCAACAUGGUCCCUGAGGGCAAAUGCUCGAGAUCUUCGGAGAGGGAUCAGUAUGCCCAGUGCUUGGACUCUCACGGGCACGAGCUGUUCGCGCCGCUCUCGGCCAGAGGCGAAUUCUACGCGACGUGUCAGAGCGGCAGUCUCGACACCGGCAGCGACGCGGUGCUCUACAGGGUUCACCAGCUCGCCAGGAGGGAUCUUCCCUUGAGGGUGCGUCUAGUCGCAGGACCCUUGCCUAUACCGUUGCCGCGAGAUUAUAGUGGCCUGAUGCAACUGGAGAACGCGACCAGAGGACCUAUAGUUCUCGGCUGUGCGGUGCCGCUAAUGCCCGAAAGACCUGUACCUAACACGACGGUACCGGAACUUUUGGAACUCGUCGCUACCGGUCCGACCGCGCCUCGAGUGAAAAGAGCACGAUUGGGAUGUCCUUCCGAAGCGAGACUGCUCGCAUCACCGAAAAUGCAGCGAUUACUCUCAGCUUGCAGAAGAGCUUUAGACCAACGAGCGACCGAGCCUCGAGUCGCCCCGCCAAAACCGGCGUCUAACAAUGGUCAGCUGAAAGAGUUGCACUUGAAGGAGAUCAAAGCGAAGCCCGAGGCGAAGCCGAUACUACAGAGCCUAAAGGAGGGGCUGGAGCACAUCAAGAAAACGACGAUCCGCGAUCGGAGCAACAGCCGCAGUAGCAGUAACAACCACAGCUUUCUCGACAGGAUCUCGAGGAUAGCGCAGGGUGGCAAAAGUAGGAACCCGGCGAAGAAGUCGGCGUCCUUCACGUUCGCCGUACGGCCGGAGAUUGGCAUGCGAUCGCCGGAAAGAUACGCCAGUCUGGAAUCGGAAACGAAUCUGAUGCACGCGUCGCAAAUCUUGUCCAGACAACAGGUGCAACGUUCGGUUUCUACGAGCGUUCUCGAGGUGCAGACAAGUAGCCCGGAUCUGGACCCGCCGUACUCCAAAGUACGAGACAGCCUAACACCGUUGCCGCCCACACCGCCGCCGAAACCGGAAGAGAUCUACGCCGAAAUCUGCGAAUUAGGCGCAAGUCCGUUACGAGAUUCAUCGCAGGCGGAAAAACCGCCACCUUUGGGAAAGAGCGGCACCAGCGAGCGAGACCGGGGUUACGUGAAACUCGCGCAUUCCGAGGUGUCCGACGUGUCGGUGAGCACCGGCGACGACGAGGAGGGCAUUUACAAUACUGUGUGCUGAGUACACGCCUCCGUCCAUCGGUGCUAGAACCAACAUCCGCGGGGAAUCGUCUGCGGCUCAACGAUAACUGACUUCAGGGUCGACCGGAACAAAUUACGUGACGUGUAAGGAGUCGAGAGGUCGCGGGAAUUCUCCGGCGCGGCUGCGGAUAUCGAUAAACGUCUACAAGUUCGAGCGGCACUGACGAACGUUUAUCUUGCAAAGAUUGUUUGGGGAUCUCUAACGUCAGAAUAGUCGAGCCAGUAUUCUUAUAAAUAUUUUUUCGCGACAAGAAUGUAAAAAUCAAAUUUAUCAUCAUCGAUCAAAACCUUACUUUAUUUUUACACGCAAGAUUGUAAAUUGUGUCUAAUGUAAAGAUCGUGUAUACGUAAAAUUAUUUUCCUGAGUAGCUGCCGACUCUCGAUCCAUUGUAAAGGAGGAUAACAGAUGAGGAGAUAUGAUGCGUUUUCCCGGUUGGAGAAGAAACGCGGAGAGACGGAAGUAGCGUAUCGAUCGCGUCCGCGAGCGAGUUGACGAAGAUCGGAAUUUACGGCCCGAUUCAUCGUCGAGGAACUUACUCAGUCGGCGAUUUCUUUCGCCGCGGGAGAAGAUCCGGACGUCGGGGAGUCGCCGACGCGAACGCAAACGUCCACCACGGGGUAUCGCGCGGAUCCGCGCGCGCGUACAGAAUGAUUUACAAGGCUGUUGACCGAGGAAAAUGAUCCCGUAAUUACGGGCCCCGGUGCAUGCUGCUGCAGCGGAUGUAGCGGGGCACGCCGACCGGGGAUAGCACGCAGAAGCGCUUCUUCGUGGCUUCCGUCAUUAGAGAAUCUGUCGUCUCGCGAGAGGCGUGUUAAUAGUAGCGAGCUCCGCGAUCAUCUCGGCCGCUGAGUGACAUUGAUGAAAAAGACGCCGGCUCAGAAUUGGCUUCGCUCAAAAAAUAUCCGCCGAUCCGUCGGAUUCGCCGUUGCAAAUUAUUAUCGAUCAUGUUUCAGUAGUGGAGCAAAUUCCAAAAUUCAAUAUAUCUGAGAUUUUUUACUACUGAAAAUUUAAUCGAUUAUUUGAUUUGAAAAUAUCUCACU